GCCUCAAUGGCGGUUCCGGUACACCUCAGUGUGCCUCGGAGGAGCCGAGUCUUGGUAUUCGCUCUGGUCUGCGUCGGCCUCAUAUUCUUCCUCCGAAAGUUCGAUAUAGCGAGUGGGACUACGCUCUCUCUUCCGUUUGGCCAUCGCGGGCCGAACUACGAUGUGCUGGAGUUUGUUGAUCCCCUGAUCGGGACAGCAAACGGAGGCCAUGUCUUUCCCGGCGCUACAUUGCCAUACGGUAAGACCCAGCUCAUAACCCCCUUAUCACAUCCCCCCGGUUGACGUCCCGUGGAGGUAUGGCCAAGGCCGUCGCCGACACCAACAGCGCGGCUGAAAACGCCGCCGGUUUCGUGUGGGACAAGGCGCCCAUUACCGGCUUCUCCCACAUGCACGACUCGGGCACCGGCGGUCAGCCAUCGCUCGGAAACUUCCCCUUGUUCGUCCACCCGGGAUGUCCCGACGACGACUUCUCCAAGUGUGCGUACUCGGUCAUGCAGAGGCCGACGAACCGCGUCCCAGGGUCGGUCUUUGCCGCUCCGGGAUACUUCCGCAUCAACCUGACCAACACGGUGCAAGCCGAGAUGACCACGACCGCGCAUGCCGCCCUGUACCGCUUCACCUUUGACGGCAGCGAUACCGUGACGGUACACACCACGGACGAAGAACCCCCGCAGCACAACGUGCCGUAUUCGCCCCUUAUUCUGGUGGACCUGAUCGACCUGAUGAACAGCCGCAGCAUCGGGGGCAUUCAGGUCUACGAGGACUCGGGACGCAUCAUUGGCGAAGGGCGAUACGCCCCGUCCUUUGGCUCGGGUAGCUACCAGGCGUUUUUCUGCGCCGACUUCACCGGCGCUACCAUCCGCAAGACGGGCACCUUCAAGACCAACAAAGCAACCGAGGAGCCGAAAUGGCUUGACGGCCUCGGGUCCGACUAUUCCAUUCCGCACGGUUCUGCGGGUGCCUGGAUCCAGUUCGAGAAACCGGAAAAGAACUCGAUCCUGGCCAGGGUCGGCAUGUCCUUUAUCAACGUGGAUAAGGCGUGCAAGAAUGCCGAGGCCGAGAUUGUCGACUUCCACUUUGAAAGGGUCGAGAGCGAUGCCAGGAAGGCGUGGCGCAAGAAGUUGUCCGUGAUUGAGAUUGACCAUGAGGGGACGAGUGAGGAGCUGCAGACGACCUUCUGGUCAGGAUUGUACCGCACUUUGCUGUCCCCCCAGAAUUAUACCGGGGAGAAUCCGCUGUGGAAUUCGACCGAGCCGUAUUUUGACUCAUUCUACUGCAUCUGGGAUUCCUUCCGGGCACAGCAUCCGCUACUGACCAUUAUCGACCCUGUUGCCCAGACCGACAUGGUGCGGGCUUUGAUCGACAUCUACAAACACGAAGGGAAACUGCCGGACUGCCGCAUGAGUUUCUGCAAGGGAUUCACCCAGGGAGGAUCCAACGCCGACGUGGUGAUUGCCGAUGCAUUCACCAAGGACCUUAGAGAGGGCAUUGACUGGAACACGGCUUAUGAGGCCGUGAUCUCUGAUGCAGAGGUCGAACCACCCAACUGGGGUCUCGAAGGGCGCGGCAACCUGGUGAGCUGGCACUCUCACGGCUUCAUCCCCUGGAAUGACAUCGACAAGAACGGCACCGGGCCAUCAAGCCGCAGCAUCAGCCGCGGCGUCGAGUACGCCUACGACGACUUUUGCAUUUCCCUCCUGGCCUCGGGCCUCGGACACGCGGCCGACGCAUCCAAGUACCGGCGGCGCGGCGGCAACUGGCGCAACUACUGGAACCCGGACCAGCGCGACAUCUACCGCGACUCAUCCGGCGACGUGACGCAGACUUCCUUCAAAGGCUUCAUGCAGCCGCGUCUGCUUAACGGUACCUUCCGCUACCAAAACACGCGGGCCUGCUCCCCUAUCCACGAGCAGCACUCGUGCUACUACGACACGGGGCUGGACACAUACGAGGGCAGUCCCUGGCUGUACAGCUUCUUCGCGCCGCAGGACAUGGCGACGCUGAUCGGGCUGAUGGGCGGGCGUGAGGCCUUCGUCGCGCGGCUUCGCUACUUCCACGAGAGCGGCAUCGCCUACAUGGGCAACGAGCAAGGCUUCCUGACCGUGUUUCAAUUCCAUUACGCGGGCCGUCCCGGCGUGAGCAGCGAGUUCGCGCGCCGCUACAUCCCGAGCCUCUUCAACGCCACCGUCAAUGGCAUCCCCGGCAAUGAUGAUUGCGCUAUGGGCGCCUUCAGCGCCUUCGCCAUGAUGGGCUUCUUCCCCGUCGCCGGCCAGGACGUCUACCUUCUCAUCCCGCCCUUUUUCCGUGAGGUGAGGAUCAAGGCCAAGGAAAAGGGUAGGUGGGCCGUGAUCAGGACGGUCAAUUUUGAUCCCGCUGGAAAGAGGAUGUAUAUUACCGGCGCCAAGCUCAAUGGCAGGGUGUAUACCAAGAAUUGGAUCACCCACGAGUUUUUCCUCAAGGGAGGGAUACUGGAGUUUACCGUUGGAGAGGAGGAAGGCGACUGGGGGACUGGGGACGAUGAUCUGCCGCCCAGUUAUCCAGUUGAGUGAGAGCACGAGAUGGAGAGGGGCGGCCAUGGAGAGGGUGGAGUGGCCGAUUAUGAUUGAAACCUCCGUAUAGAGAGAGAGAGAGGCCGAGGUACACGAGUUACCCUU